CGCGUCGUGCUGCUGCAUGAUAACGUUCUGCCGCACAGUGUAAUCACAGAAGCUGUCCUUGCGGCCGUGUCUCUUGACGGAUGGACAUUUGUCCUUCGGCGCCAACUACCCAACAGCCCAGACCUCAAUGUCCUGGACCAGGUUUUCUUUGCUUCAAUUCAAGCGCUACAAUACAAGGUGGUGAGCCAUUCUAUUGACGAUGUUGUUCGUUCUACCUUGGAGGCUUUUGAAGCAUUGAGCGUGGAAACGCUUGAGAAUGUGUUCCUGACCUUGAAGGCCGUCUUGCGGCUUGUGCUCGAACACCAAGGCGACAACCGUUUCCGCCUUCCUCACCCCCAGGAUCACAGUCGCCGUUACCAGCAAUGCUGA